AUGGUUAAUCCGGAUUUGGCGGGGGGUGCGUUGUUGGAUUUGGGAAUCUACUCUCUAACCUGGGUCUUCCAAACCCUCUACCACACCCUCCCCAAAUCCCAACGCAAACCACCGACAGUCACCUCCCAAAUGACCCCCUACCACCUCACGGGCGCCGAUGAAUCAACCACAAUCCUCCUAACAUUCCCAACCAGUACACCUUCCAACGACAAACCACCCCGCAUGUCCCACGGCAUCGCAAUGACCAACAUCCGCGUCUCCGGCGACCCCGAUGAACAAGGCACGUCGGGGCCGAACAUUCGUAUCCAGGGGACGAAGGGCGAGAUUCAGGUCUUUGGGUAUCCGUUCCGUCCGACGAAGUAUCGUGUUAUUCCGAAGAAGGGUGUUGAGGGUGCAGGGGAGGUGAGGGAUGUGGAGUGUGGAUUCCCGGAUGGCGGGCAUGGGAUGGCGUGGGAGGCGGAUGAGGUUGCCAGGUGUUUGAGGGAUGGGAAGGUUGAGAGUGAGGGGAUGUCUUGGGAGGAGAGUAUUGUUAUUAUGGAGGUUAUGGAUGAGGUUAGACGGCAGGGGGGGUUGGUGUAUCCGGCUAAGAUUGAGUCGACGGAGUAUCCGUUGGAGUUGUAGAUAUUAAAUGAUAGAUGCUAGAUGGUUGUGUGUGGAGGAGGAGAGAGAGGAUAGUGUGGAUAGAUAGAUGAAAAGAAUUGAAUAAAUA